CGCACAGCCCUGCACAUGGCCGGGCCGGAGGCAGCCGCGUGCGAGGUGAGAGCUGCUGCUUCCCGCACGCAGGCUGACAAGCGGGCUCAUCAUAAUGCGCUGGAGCGCAAACGCAGGGACCACAUCAAAGACAGCUUUCACAGCCUGCGGGACUCUGUCCCGUCCCUUCAGGGGGAGAAGCAACAGGCAUCCCGGGCCCAGAUCCUUGACAAAGCCACAGAGUACAUCCAGUACAUGCGCCGGAAAAACCACACCCACCAGCAGGAUAUUGAUGACCUCAAGCGCCAAAACGCCUUGUUGGAGCAGCAAGUGCGGGCACUGGAGAAGGCACGGUCGAGUGCCCAGCUGCAGGCCAACUAUACAGCAGCAGACGGCAGCCUGUACACCAACCCUAAGGGCAGCACCAUCUCCGCCUUUGAUGGCGGUUCUGACUCCAGCUCCGAGUCAGAGCCUGAAGAGCUGCAGAGCCGGAAGAAGCUGCGCAUGGAGGCCAGCUAGAGGCCCCACGGCAUUGGCAUGGCCCUGCCACCCCUGGGGCCCCGUGCUGCCCACCCGCCAGCUCUCGAAGGACUCUCUCUCCCUUCUGUCGUAGAGGCUCUCGGACUGCAGCUUUCUGCCCCGCCACUCUCACAACAGCGGCCCUACUCAGCAGCUCUGCCCCCAGGGGGCCGGCUGGGCCCUGUGCCCCCUGGACGAACAGAUGGCCAGCCCAGGCCAGGCCAACGAGAGACUUGGAAUCUGUGAACCGCCCAGCUCUGAGGAGAUGCCCCCUCCUCUUCUCUUGCCCUACUCUGCAAGUCACGCCUCUUGUUUUAUACAAGCCUUUCUAUUUAUACCAACAGGGCCAGGCCAGGCCUGCCUUGAGUCUGUGCUGACGGGGGCAGGGAUGGCAGCACCUAGUGCCACCUGGCUGCCACUUAGCCCUCAGGAAGGUCACUGCACUCUCCCAUUGAGACCCAGGCAUCUGGGCUCCCACCACAAAGCACUGGGCUGGGGUGGGAGAGGUGCUGUUUUCCAAUCUGGGGCAUGUGGUGGUGACUAGCUAUUUAUUUCCUGCUCUUAAAACUGUAUGGCCAGAUUCACUCCACCUCUGUUCUAGGGGCUCCCAAGCAACAGAUCCAUGAAAUAAUGAUCAAAUCUCUGCACCUUCCUGAGGCAGAGCCCUGUUUUUAUUUUGUCUGUAAAUAUCCCUUCUCUAUCCCCCUUGCUCCCCAGUACUGCUCAGUGCAGCUUGGCUUCACCCUGGGGCAGGUGGGGCCAGGUCCCAGUGGGAUAGGAAAGGGCACUGGGCCUGCGCUCUGUGACGGCAUGCGUGUGUGCGUGCGUGCUUGUGUGUGUGAGUGCGUGAGAGCAUGGCUGAAUCGUGGUCCCUCUUGUUUUCUCUCUUCCCAGUUGGUUUGUGGCAUUUUUGACCCUGUAGCAUUCACCGUGUAGGUUGGCCCUGUCCAGGUUUUGCCGCCAUUCUGUGAACCUGACGUAUGUUGUACAUACUGCCCAGGAGUGUCUUGCAAGUUAAAGCUUCCCUUACUAUAAGACUAUAAAUAAAAAAUCUUAUUUUAUCCUU